GAAAAUGGCAAAACUUGUGUCACGUCCAUCGUAGCAUAAUAAAACUGACUUCUUCAACAUCGUGUAUGUGGUAUACAAACAACAAAUCCGAGACAUACAAAUAUUUUACGAAUUUUUUCUUCUGGUAAUUCAUUUUUCCCCACUUAGCCAGCCGCAUACAUUCGUCUGCAGCUGUUUUUCUUGUGGAUUUUUUAGUUGCCACUCGAAUCGACGUUGAACACAUUUUAAUAUACUCUGCGAGUGCAAUAAAGCCGCGGUUAAAUAAUAAUGCUCUGAACAAAAGUAAUUGACGAAAAAAAAAAACUAUUUUACGUGCCCCCCUUUUUCGCAUAUUAACCGCUGUAUUGCAUUUACCACUCAGACAAGCCAAGUCCUCCAACAUACUUUUUUGGGAGAAAAAGAAAUACGAAUUUUCGAUGACUAUUGGCAGUCUUUGUGGAUAUAUCAUAGAUUUUGGACGCGAAUUUUUUUUUUAUUACAUUGCGAGAUUUUAUUUACUUUGUCGCGUACAACGUGCACGGCUACAAAUUACGAAAAGGAAAAUAUUGAUUUUGUGCUCGCACAGUCAAAUUGCGGACAAGUGGUUUUUCCCGUUUUUUUUAAUUAUUUGACUUCCGGAGAACGUUUAAUCGUCUGAAUUCUCCGUUUUAAACUCAAAGUUGUAUAAUAGUGGUUCUGUGCAUUCUAUUCUGCAAAUAGUGUUUUUGUGUUAAAAGCAGUGAUACUUUUGGAGAGUUUUUUCGUUCAUGUGAUUUUGAAUCGUUUGUUUCGGUCUUUGAUUUUGUUUACGGUUGCACAAAUUCGAUUCAGGGUAAUCAUGGACUGUGUUGCCGACAUAAAGCUUUGGAUAAUUUUUAGAAUGUGAGAUAAAUGCAACAUUAAAACCACACAAUCGCUAAGAAUGAGUUCCUACCACCUCUCGAACCGACUUCGAAAACAGCAAAAUCAGAAAAUUCCUUGGCGACUACGCUAACACCGUGUGAAGAAGUGAAACAGACUUAUACAGUAAAUAGUAGAUAGUAAAAACUUGCGUACCAAAGAUAUCCGGCUAACUGGAAAAUGGUUUUAAAUAUUCUAAUUGCAUCGACUGUGAUCAAAUCAACGUUCGGCGUUGUCACAACUAGUCUAUGGCUGAUACCACUUAUGCUGGCUGCCAUAUCAUUCUAUCGUUAUGAUCGGGUGGAUCCCGAGUCUCGUCCGAUUAAUCAGCAAAAUCUAUACACCGAAUACGAUUUUAUAAUCGUUGGUGGCGGUAGUGCUGGUGCUGUGGUAGCCAAUCGUCUAUCGGAAGUGAAACAUUGGAAAAUUUUAUUGCUUGAGGCCGGACCGGACGAGAACGAGAUAUCCGAUGUACCAUCGCUUGCAGCGUAUCUACAGCUGAGCAAAUUGGAUUGGGGAUACAAAACCGAGCCAAGCACUAAAUCGUGUCUGGGAAUGAAAAAUAAUCGAUGUAACUGGCCGAGAGGAAAAGUACUCGGCGGUUCCAGUGUUCUCAACUAUAUGCUGUAUGUGCGAGGCAAUCGGUACGAUUAUGAUUUGUGGGAAAGUCUUGGAAAUCCUGGAUGGGGCUACGACGAUAUACUGCCCUAUUUUAAGAAAUCCGAAGACAAUCGCAAUCCAUACCUCGCAAAUACACCUUAUCACGGCAGAGGCGGUUUCUUAACCGUCCAAGAAUCGCCGUGGCACACUCCAUUAGUUGCAGCGUUCGUCGAAGCUGGAACAGAAUUGGGUUAUCCGAAUCGAGACAUAAAUGGCGAAUAUCAGAGUGGAUUUAUGAUUGCUCAAGGUACGAUACGACGGGGUAGUCGAUGUAGUACAGCAAAAGCGUUUCUUAGACCGGUACGGUUACGCAGAAAUCUGCAUGUGGCGAUGAAUGCACAUGUAACAAAAAUAGUAAUCGAUCCGGUAAGUGAGCAAGCAAUGGGAGUGGAAUUUAAACGAGACGGAAAACGGUAUCGCAUUUUUACACGUAAAGAAGUCAUAAUGUCAGCUGGAGCUAUCAAUACACCGCAAAUUCUUAUGUUAUCCGGAAUCGGUCCGAGGGCUCAUUUAGAAGAAAUCGGAAUUCCAGUUCUUAAAGAUCUUCCAGUUGGUGAAAAUUUGCAAGAUCACGUUGGAAUGGGUGGAAUGACAUGGCUUGUCGAUAAACCAGUUGCGAUUGUUCAGGAUCGCUUCAAUCCGGCUACCAUAACCAACCAGUAUGUACUGAACGAACGUGGACCGAUGACCACAUUAGGCGGUGUUGAGGGGCUAGCUUUCGUCACAACGCCAUUGGGCAAUAGUACGAUCGAUUGGCCGGACGUGCAGUUCCACAUGGCUCCAGCAUCAAUAAAUUCGGACAAUGGUGCCCGAGUGAAAAAAGUUUUAGGCUUAAAAGAGAGUCUCUACCGAGAUGUGUACCAACCCAUUGCCAACAAAGAUACAUGGACAAUAAUGCCAUUGCUGCUGCGUCCUCGAUCCCGUGGAUGGGUACGAUUACGUUCGAAAAACCCAUUCCACUAUCCACUCAUGGAUCCGAAUUAUUUCGACGAUCCCUUCGAUGUGCAAACACUAGUUGAAGGAGCCAAAAUUGCACUACGUGUAGCUGAAGCAAAUGUCUUCAAGCAGUUCGGCUCACGCUUAUAUCGGAAACCAUUUCCCAAUUGUAAGCAAUUCAAAUUUCUAUCUGACGAAUAUCUCGAGUGUCAGAUCAAAACGAUAUCGAUGACAAUCUAUCAUCCAGUUGGUACAGCCAAAAUGGGACCGUCAUGGGAUAGCGGAGCUGUCGUCGAUCCCCGAUUACGAGUGUACGGCAUUAAGCGAUUGCGUGUCAUUGAUGCCAGUAUAAUGCCAACAAUAAGCAGUGGUAAUACGAAUGCACCAGUCAUAAUGAUUGGUGAAAAGGGGGCCGAUCUUGUCAAAGAAGAUUGGAUGGAUGUAGAAUUAGCUAAUGUUAAGGCGUUCAGAUAAUAGUUGCGCGUUCAAGUACUUAUUUAGAUUAGUUUAUUCGUGCGAAUGUAAAAUGUUGAUUGCAAGGACAUUUCUGUAUGUCGAGAAGUGUGUGUAGAGUCGAGUGCCAUAAUUCGGAAUUUCGAUAAGGAAAGUUUGUAGAGAUUGAUGAAUGUUACAAGACAAUGAUAUGGUUUCAUUAGGGAAUCGGAUGUAAAUAUUUUUGUAAAUAAAAGGAAAUUUAUUUAAAAAAUAAAAAAUUUGUUCAAAUCUCAGAA